UGCUUGAAGAUGCUUUAUGUUUGUGACAUUUGAAUCGUGAUUUAUAUGUAACUGAAAUGUAAGUGUCGGUGAUUUCCCUGAUCAUUUUACUGAAUUACAAUGUCCCAAGCAGAAGCACUCUUAGGAGUGGCAAAUAAGUUUAAUCAGAUCACUGAAAUUCUAACAGAAACAAAUAUUGUGAAAAAAAUACAAUCUGUCUAUGAAGCAAAUGAUGAAAAUGUACCUAAUGAUGUUUUGAUUGCCACUAAAACAAUUGUAGAUAAAUUAUUUGAUCAAGUUGAUAAUGUAAAAGAAAUAUUUUAUCAAAUAUAUAAUGAACUAUCGCAAGAAAAAUGUGUUAACAAAAAUAAGUGUAGUGAUAAUGAUUCUGACACAUCGCCGCAAGAAGAUUUGGAAAGUACUGACGUAAUUGAAGCUUCUCUUAAUGAAGUUGAACCCAGUAUUAAUGAAAAUAUUGAAAAGGAUAACAUAACUCAAGACAACUCAGUUAUAUUUGUUCAGGAAGGAGACUUAGACAAAAGCAAAGGUUCAUUGGAAAGUACUGAAGCAAAUAUUGAAAAACAAUUAGAGGACACACACAGUUCAAAUUCACAACCAACAAAAGAUAGUACUAAUAUAAUACAAUCAGAAGAUAGUGAGACAGCCAAAAAUACUGAUACAAAUUCCUUGGAAGAACCAUUACAGAGUACACAGGAUACAGAAUUAAAAUCUACAGAAACUGAUGAACAGGUUCAACCACAAGAUACAGAUGUGUGUAAAGAAAAUGAAAAUGUAACAAUACAAGAUUCAUCAGUGGAUAAAUCUGAUGUAAAUAUGCAAGAUGAUUCCUUACAGAGCUCACAACACAAUUAUGAAGAAUCUGAAACUGCAAACACUGAUGGUCCACAAAAUACAGGAACAGGUACAACAAAGGAAAGCACUGAUGAGACUACAAAAACUGCUGCACCUGAGGAAGAUACUAAAAAAUAUAUUUCAUUGGUUCCUUUAAUUAAAUUAGUGGAUAUUAACAAAUUACUGAUUCCAUCAACCACUGAGUUGCCAUCGCCAAAGGUUAAAAAAAGUGUUACUUUUGACUCAACUGUAAUAGUUCUAACCGAUUCUGAAGAAGGUUCACCUAAAAAAUCUCAGAAAUUGAGUGAUUGUGAAUCAGAUAGAAGUGAAACCUAUAAGAGAAGUCGCGGUGGUUUAAGAACCAGGGAGUCUCUGAGAAGUGAGAAUACUGAAGCCACAAAAGAAACAUCAGAAAAGUUGGAAUCUAGUGAUGAUGAUUGUGUGUCUAAACCUAAGAAGAAAAAUUCUCAAAGGAAAUCUGCAGGAAAAAAAAGUACUUCAAACAGUAAUUCAAAACCAGCAUUAGAUUCCAGUGAUGAAGAAAGCAAAAAGAACAGGGUUAAUUUAGAUUCCAAUAGUUCAGAAAAAUAUGAUGCAACAGAAGUGUCCUCAAAUUCAGAUGUUGAAAUGAUAACGGACACUGUGGAACAACCUCCAACAACUGAAAAAGGUACAAAUGAAUUGGACAAAAAUGAGUCUGAUGCAGAAGUGAAUAAUAAAAAAGUCUCACAUAGUUCCUCUGUAAAAGCAAAAACCUCUGGCAUUAAGAAACAUAGUAUUUCAAAGAAAAGUCUGAUUAAUGAGUUUGACUCAUCUGACUCGGAUAGUAGUGACUCAGAUAAUCCUAAAAGUAAUGUGAGGAGAAAAGCAACAAAGGAAAAGAAGUCUGUUCAUCCAAAUGGUCAACUGUAUAUUCCUUUACCAAGAAUAUCUUGUUGUAAACUCCAGGAAAUUUAUGAAAAAAAUAAAGAAAUACAGGAAAUUAAAAGACUGACAAACAUGAAGUCACUCAAAACAAAGAGGAGCAGAGCUCAAAAAAAUUCAUCCUCUCCAAAGUCAUCCGAUUCUGAUGGUCCGACGCUCAAAAAGCAAAAGAAAACGCCAGCAAGUAAUUCGGCGGACCUUUCCGAAAAUGAUGAACAUUCAUCAUUUGAGGACAUUGUUAAAGACAAUGAUAAAAAUGAUGAAAUAAAUACCAGCAAAGAUAAUGAAGUAAUUGAAGCGGAAACUGAAGAACCAGUUGCCACAGGUAGUGCUGAUUUCUUAAGCGAUGCUGAUUCUAAUGAAAACUCUGAUACUGAGGCCAAAAACAAGAAAAAGAAGAAACAAGACAAGGAGUCAAAGAAAGACGAUAAAAAAGAGAAAAAGAAGGAUUCUGAGGAUGAGGUCAGUGAUUCUGACAAAAAGAGCAAGAAGAAAUGGCGAAAUGACAAGUUACUUGUAGGAAAAUUAUCCAGCUCAGAUUCAGAAGACAACUAUCAAAAGUACUUGGACAAGAAGAAUAAAGAUACUUCUAGUGACAGUGAAAAUAAUACCUUCAAAGUUAAGAAAAUUCAAAGCAAAAAACAGAGGAAAAGGGUCAAUAUUGUAACUGAUUCCGACUCUGAUAAUGAAAAGAAAAGCAGUGGAGAUGAAUUCCAAGCUAAGAGUGACUCUAGCAGUUCAGAAGAAAGUAAGAAGAGUGAAGAAGAGGAAGAGAAAGAAAAGCCUAAACCCAAGAGGAAGCGUAUUAAGAGGACUAAAGGAAGUAGCAGCGACGAAGAAGAAGAUAAAUCUACUAGAAAACAGAUUAGAAAGGUAAUGGGAAAAGAUUCUCUCUCAGAUAAGACCAAGAAAGCGGAAGCCGAUGAGAAGGAACGUAAGGCUCGUAUUGCAGAGAAACAGAAAAAGUACAACAUGAUAUUCGAGAGCAAAGAUCACAACGCCAUUGUCGAGAAGGUGGUCUUGGACUUCGACGAGAAAACAAACGAGGAAAUGUUGACUGUUGACUCUAAAUUGGUUAAGAAGUUAAAACCGCAUCAGGCCAGCGGUAUUAAAUUUAUGUGGGAUGCUUGUUUCGAAAGUAUCAACAGAGCCCAGACUACCAAAGGCUCCGGAUGUAUACUGGCCCAUUGCAUGGGUCUCGGUAAAACGUUGCAAGUUAUCACAUUAUCGCACACUUUAUUGGUAAACAGCGAACAAACUAAUGUGCACAAGGUUAUGGUCGUGUGCCCGGUGAACACGGUUCUAAAUUGGAAGAGCGAAUACAAGAAAUGGCUCACCAAAGACGUUGAAUUUGAAGUUUACGAGCUGGUCUCCUGCAAACAAAACUACGAACGCAUGUACAAAGUCACCGAUUGGCACAAGAACGGUGGCGUUCUUAUCAUCGGCUACAACAUGUUCCGAAUGUUGAGCAAUCCUAGCAACAAGAGGCUCAGCAAGAAGUUGCGUACCGCAUUCCAGGAGGGACUGGUUGACCCAGGUCCAGAUUUAGUUGUGUGCGACGAGGGACAUUUAUUGAAAAACGAGAAGACCAAUCUGAGUAUCUCCAUGAAUCGAAUUAAAACGCAGAGAAGAAUCGUUCUUACAGGCACACCUUUGCAGAACAAUCUCAGAGAAUAUUGGUGCAUGGUCCAAUUUGUCAAACCCAAUCUGUUGGGUACUUACAAGGAGUAUUUGAAUCGAUUCGUAAAUCCCAUUACUAACGGACAAUAUACAGAUUCCACUCAACACGACAUUCAGGUGAUGAGAAGAAGAGCUCAUGUCUUGCACAAAAUGUUAGAUGGUAUUGUACAACGGCGGGAUUACGCUGUGUUAGAACCGUACCUUCCACCAAAACACGAAUAUGUCUUAUUCGUGACAUUGACCGAAACACAAGUUAAGAUGUACCAACACUACAUGACUCACUUUGGACAAAAGUCAAACGGCAGUGGCAGAACAUCCUUUUUGUUUAACGACUUCCAACAGCUUCAAAGAAUUUGCACUCACCCAAGAGUUUUAUUGGACAAGAGCAUUGAAGACAAAGAGAAGAAGGAGAAAAAUUUCCUGGAUGACGAAGAAUCCGAAGGAUCCCUUAAAGACUUCAUCGACGACGGCAGCGAUAAAGACUCGUCCAGCUCCGAUAGCGAAGCCGGUUCUUCGGGUUCGAAAUCGGGUAAGUCGGGCGACGAGGCACCUUUGCGCAAGCGCACCACUCGUCUUCAAAGAGCCCAGCGUCGCGACAACAACGAACCGGAAUCGGAUGAGGAAAUAGAGUCCGAAGCCAAGAAGGAGUGGUGGCAGGAGUACUGCGACGGCGACCAACUGGAAGAUCUUAACAAUAGCGGCAAAAUGUUCCUUUUGUUUGAAAUAUUGAAAGAAUGCGAGCAGAUCGGCGACAAGAUUUUGAUAUUCUCCCAAUCAUUGUACACUCUGAACUGCAUCGAGUUCUUUUUGAACAAAAUUGACGAAGCCACCCAAUCCGGAAAUACUGAGGCGGUUGGUGGACAUACCGGAUCUUGGUCGCUUGGCCUCGACUACUUCCGGUUGGACGGUUCCUCAAGCUGCGACAAUCGUGCCAAUUGGUGUGACCAGUUUAAUUCUCCCUCUAACACAAGAGCAAGAUUGUUCUUGAUUUCCACAAAAGCAGGAGGUCUGGGUAUUAACCUGACGGCUGCGAACAGAGUUAUAAUAUUUGAUGUAUCCUGGAACCCCUCUCACGACACUCAGAGUAUAUACAGAGUAUACCGUUUCGGUCAGACCAAACCCUGUUAUGUGUACAGGUUUGUUACAUAUGGUACCAUGGAGAUGAAGAUAUAUGAAAGACAAGUGACAAAACAGGCAAUAUCAAAGAGAGUAAUAGACGAACAGCAAAUUGAUAGACACUACAACCAGAACGACCUUCAAGAAUUAUACCAAAUGGAUUUGACACCAACUGAGAGACCAACACCCCUUGUACCUAAAGACGUUUUGUUAGGUGAAAUGCUUCAGACGUAUUCCUCACACAUUUACAAGUAUCAUGAACAUCAGUCUUUGUUGGAAAACAAGGAAGAAGAAACAUUGAACGAGGAGGAGAGAAAAGCAGCUUGGGAAGAAUUCGAAAACGAGAAGGUUAACAAGAUGAAGAACUUCGUUAAUCAACAAGCUCAAGGUUUUUCACGGGAUGCCGUAGUCAUGGCUUUAUCCAACAUUGUGAGACGUGAUAAUCCAACAUGGUCAGACACACAAGUUAACGCCAUUGUUCCUGCUCUUAUGCAGCAAUUACAAGUUCAAAUGCAAGCCGGAGACAUAACAAUGUAUCAAAGAGUACAACGUGAGAUUAACCUCAUAAAAAUGCAAGAAGCUCAAAAGUUGCGAGAACAGUAUUAUCGACAACAAAUGAUGUUCCGCAUGAUUCGGUCACAACAGCAACAGCAAAACAUGAUGGGUAAUAUGAAUAUUGAUACGAAUCAACUUUUUAAUAUACUGAGGCAAGGAGCAACCAACACUAGUUCAAAUGAAGUCAUAGAACUAAAUUAAGGAUCCUCCAACUCAAGAUUUAUGUGAAUGCGUGUAUUUAUUUAAUUUUUUUUUGUAUAUACCAAAAAUCUAUUUUUUUGAUUUGGAAUUAAAAUUGAUUUAAAACUUUUAUAUCUACACAUUUCAUUUAUUAAUCAGCCUGCAAACUUGUAUUUUGUAAAUACAUUUGUAUCGACUGUUAUUUCAAUAUAUUGUAUUCCAAACAUCCUA